AGGACAAUGUCGGUAACUCCUGGUAAUUUGUCACUCAAUGGGACGAGCUUCCUCACUGAGAACCACAGCGUUAUGGACAAACCCAGCGAGCAGGGAACUUGGAAUAUCUUUCUGUUCUGCUUGACUUUUGCCAUGGCACUCCCAGCGCUUCUGGGCAGCAUCUAUUCACUGGUUUCGCUGCUGAAACUGCAGAACAAGACCACGGUCUCGGUGAUUGUGACCUCUUUGGCAGCAGAUGAUCUGAUCAGCGUCGUGCCAGUGAUUAUUUUCAUGCUCUCGCAGUGGUCAAGCGAAGUUCUCCCCCAGCCUCUGUGCACCACCUCAGCGUUUAUCUAUUUAUUCCAGGGCAUCUCUAGCAACCUGAAAGGGUCUCUCAUAGUUUCUUACAACUUCUACACCUUCAGCACGAGCUGCAGCUCCUCCAAGCGCCGUGUGAGCGUGCUCUGGGCCAUCCUCACCGUCUGGACCGUCAGCUUGCUGCUGUGCACUUUGCCUCUCUGCGGCUGGGGCAGGUACAUCCCCACGGUCUGGGGCUGCUUCGCCGACUGCGCCAGCUCCUACGCCCUGCUGGUGUUCCUCGUGUACUCGCUGUGCUUCUCCCUGCUGGCGGUGCUGGCCGCUCCCCUCACCCUGCGGCUGCUGUGCUCAGGUGAGCCCCAGCACCUGCACCCCGAGCACCCGCAGGGCUGCGGAGCCCCCGCCCGCCCCGGGACACCGCGGGGCUGCGGGGCCGCUGCCGCUCCCCUCGCACUGCUGGAGCCGGGGGACACAGCCCCGCAGCCCUUCCAAAACUCGCAGGCAGAUUUUGGGAAGGGCGUGGCUGAGAGCAGCACACAGAGCAGGAGCUUCACGGUGGGCAUUGCCCAGAAACGAUUCUCGCUGAUCCUGGCACUGGCCAAAGUCCUUCUCUGGCUCCCCAUGAUGACACAGAUGGCUGUCCAGUACACCGCUGGGCUGCAGAGCCUCUCCCUCGAGGCACUGAGCUUCCUGCUGACCGUGCUGGCUGCCACAGUCACCCCGGUGUUUGUCCUGUCCCAGCACUGGCUCCACCUGCCCUGCGGCUGCAUCAUCAGCUGCAGGAGGAGCUCCUGUGCACAGUCUUCACAGGAUGCCAAAACCAAGCGCGGCGGUUUUGAGUUCAACCUGUCGUUCCAGCAAGGCUCUGGAAUCUACAGGAUAUGCCAGGAGAAGGUUCCCCAGCCCAGCAGGGAGGGCAAACCCCCGUCCCACCUCGGCCUGCAGAGCCCAGACUGGCAGGAGCGGGGCCCUGGCACUGCCCCGGCCCCGGGGCACGGCUCGGGGGGCACGGGCACAGCGACCCCACACCCCUGCCAGGGCCAGGGGGGCACAGAGUGCCACCCAGCAGGGCCAGCGUGGGGGCUGUGCCCCCAGGACAGCCACACUCCAGAGCUCUCAGACUGGGAGUGGUGCCGCAGUAAAUCCGAGAGGAACCCUCGCCAGCGUGCAGCCGGAGCCCUGGCCGUGCCCCUGUGUGCCUUCCAGGGCACUGUGUCCCUGCAGGCCCCCUGCGGCAAAACCCUCUCCCUGUCCACCUACGAGGUGAGCUCCGAGGGGCAGAAAAUCACCCCCGGGGCCCAGAAGAUCGAGGUGUACCGCUCCAAGAGCGUGGGGCACGAGCCGAGCGCGGGGGAGCCGCGGGACACAUUUGCUGACACCAGCGUGAAGAUUCACCUGGAGGUGCUGGAGAUCUGCGACAACGAGGAGAACCUGGACACCGUGUCCAUCGUCAGCAACAUCAGCCAGUCCUCGGCGCACGCACGGUCCCCUUCGCUGCGCUUCUCCCGCAAGGAGAACCGGUUCGUGAGCUGCGAGCUGGGCGAGAGCGCGUCCUUCUCGCUGCGCGUCCCCUCGCACGGCCCCGGCAGCGCCCUCAGCAUCUCCAUCCCCGACACCGUGGAGGGACACCGGCACAGCAGCGGCGGGCAGCGCGGGGCAGGGCACCGGGAGGAGAUCCAGCUGCUGAACGAAGCCUACAGGGAGCGGCAGGGCAGCGGCUGA